AGUUCAAUAAUGUCAGACACAGAACUUGCUACUUCCAAGAUGGCUGAUCAAGUUGGUGUUAUUUGCGAGACAGUAGACGAAGUUGGCAGUAGCGAUAAAAUUGGCGAUGCCGAAUCACAUAGUCAAACUUGCGAAUCAACGGAUGCUGAAGAAAGUUUAAGUCUAGAGGAAAAGUCAGAGCCUGACUUAUUCAACGUUGACCAGCCCAUCCAAUAUUCCUCAGAUGAAGAAUCUGAUGGCGAGAAUUUAAAUAGUAACAAAGACAAAGGCAAAGUUGUUCAGGAAUCUAACUCCGAAUCCAAUGCUAACAGCUCCAGUUCUGAAUCUGAAUCGGAUGAAAGCGAAGAUGAAGAUGAAGAUGACUCUGAUGUUGAAGCUAAAAAUACUGUUUAUGAAGACGAUGAUGAUGAAGUAAAUGAAGGAGAAAACGAUGAACCUAUCAAGUCCAAAAAUGAAAUUCUAGACUCAAGAGUGCCAUGUCUACCUGAAAACUAUACUGUUGAUGAUAAAACAAACAUUCAGUUCAUAGGAAAUGUAAGUGGAGUAGUUGAAAAAAAUGUGAUAAUAACGGCGGCAAAAAGUGCUGAAGACAGAGUGUUGAAUGAAGGAACAGUGCUAUGCUUUGAAGAUCGUACACCUGUGGGACUUCUUUACGAAGUUUUUGGCAGGCUCCAAUCCCCCGUAUAUUCUGUCAAGUUUAACACACAAGAAGAAGCUGAAAAUUUUAGAGGAAAGAAGGGAAGUAAGGUAUUUUUUGUCGUACCAACAGCGGAAUUCCUUUCUACUCAUCAGAUCAGAAAAUUUAAAGGGAGUGAUGCCAGUAAUUGCAACGAUGAGGAGUUACCAGAAGAUGAACAGGAAUUUUCAGAUGAUGAAAAAGAAGCAGCUGCUAAAAAGAAGAAAAAGAGAAAGAAGAGACAAAGCACAGCUACUUCUAAUUCUGUUGAAAAUGGCCCUACUAAAAACCACAGUGAGGAUGAAAAUGAACUGCCUGAGGCGAAAAGACAAAAACAAGAAUAUUCUACGCCCAAACAAGCCAAACCUCCGGGUGGAGUUCCCAUUUCUGUGAGAGCGAGAUUAACCUCACUACCUUCUAAAGCUAAAACGCCUGCUCAAACUAAUUAUUCAGCUCAACAAAAUAAUGAUGUGAAUCCCAUGAAAAUGAUGCAGCAGUUUAUGAGUAUGGUGCAACAGGUCUCAAACAGCUCAGCACCUUCACCUACUUAUAGCGGUUCAAGAAACCAGUAUCCUUCCCAAUAUCAGCAGCCUGCUCAGGUGAAUUCUCAGUACAGCCCAACAUAUAAUCCGCAGUACAAUCCACAAUAUCACUCUCUAGAUACACAGCCAAACAUGCAAUACUCACAGCAGUAUACACAACAAUAUCACCCUUUUUAUAACCAGCAGUUCAACCAACAAACAGCCAGUCAGACCUUUUCACAAUUUGCAAAUUCUGGGGUGGCUUACAACCAACCUGUCUACCCGCAGCAAUAUCCACCUCCUAACAUAACCAAUAGUCCACACGUAUAUACAGAACCUCAAAAUAGCAAUUCAAGUGCUAAUACGGCACUCCUUGUUGCUCAGUUGGCGGCUGCAAUUACAAACACUGCACAUAAUUCUGCAUCUAGCUUUCAACAGGGGGACGAGCAAAGUCCUCUACCAGCUAACAAUAUUGGAACUAAUCACAAAGCCGAAAACGAUGAGGACUAUGAUCCCGCAGUAUAAAUUAUAUCAUCUGUACAUUAUAUAAACUCUUCUAUACCAGCAGUUGGUUUUUGAUGGCGUUUAUCUGUCUUCAAUCAAAAAACUGACGGCUUUGCAAACAUCAUAUUUUUUUAAUACGAAAUUACAA